CUCCUCCAUUCAUUCCCUUCCAACCCGCCUCUUUCGACCUCGCUGCCUCUCCCAAACCCAAUCCGCCGACUCAAUUCCCGUCGCAUAAUCUUCCAAAAUGCCCGCCGGAAUCUUCAACUCCACCUACUACGGCAAGGAUUACCGCGCCGGUGCUGCCCUCCUCCGCGCCCGCCGUCCCUAUCUCUUCAGGAACGCCCUCACCGGUCUCGCCCUCUUCGGUUUCACCGUUAGCGUUUACACCUACACCAUCCGCGCCGUCGGCCAGGAUGAGUUCUCGGACGUGAAGGUCCCCGAUAACCCCGCCAAGAAGCAAUAGAGCAUGCGUUCAAUUCAAUUCAAUUGAAGGGAUAAAUUUACUUGCGCUGUUUGUUAUUCGUUUGCGAUUGCGAUACCGAUUGCGAUUAAGACCACCCGGACCUGGGUUGAUUUCAGUGCAUCGAUUGAUCGAUUAGUUUUAUGUUUGCUUGGUGUAUUGGGCUUUGUUCAGUGGAGUUUGGGGGUGGUUUGUUUUAUAUUCUAUUUUUGGAGGACUUUUGGGGAGGGAAAAGGUGGUUCUGAAAGAAGUGGUUGUGAGGGGACGGGAGGUGAAGGGAGGGGAGUGGAGUGGUAUGGUAUGGUAUGAGAUGUUGUAUAGAUUGGUUGGUUACAAGUGGAAAAUCUCUGCUCGUGUGGUUUCGUCGGUAGGUCUGUUCGUUUGUAUACUAUUUGUAUGAUAUCUUCAGGCUGAAGAUGUAGUACUCGGAGCGGGUCGCAUGGGUGUAAUUGGGUAGUG